UGAUGGCGGCGGGGCGGCGUGUGGCCUGCGCCGUCUCCGGCGGCGUGGACAGCGCUGUGGCCGCGCUGCUGCUGCGCCGGCGGGGUGGGUCAGGGCCGGGACACCCGGCCGCCCCUCACUGCCUCUCUCGUCACGCCCCAGGCGCUGGCACAGUCUCGCUUCGAGGAGCCGAGUGCCUCGAGAGUGGCCAAGGACGAGAUGGGAGAAACGCGAUGGGGCUACCAAGUGACAGGCGUCUUCAUGAAGAACUGGGACCCUCUGGAUGAGCAAGGGGCGUGCUCCUCUGACAGAGAUUGCGAAGAUGCUUACCGGGUUUGUCAGAAGCUCGAUAUCCCUUUUCACCAGGUUUCCUACAUGAAAGAAUACUGGAAUGAAGUAUUCAGUGACCUCUUAAAAGAAUAUGAAUUGGGAAGGACUCCUAAUCCUGAUAUUGUGUGUAACAAGUACAUCAAAUUCAACUACUUCCUUCAUUAUGCUAUGGAUAACCUUGGAGCAGAUGCAAUUGCUACUGGGCAUUAUGCCAGGACCUCACUAGAGGAUGAGGAAGUGUUUCAACAGAAACAUAUUAAAAGACCACCAGGGCUUUUCAGAAACCGUUUUGAAGUUAGAAAUACUGUGAAACUCCUUCAAGGGGCUGACCUCUUUAAGGACCAGACCUUCUUUCUAAGCCAGAUCUCGCAGGAUGCUUUGAGGAAAACCAUUUUCCCUUUAGGGGAUUUAACAAAGGGUUUUGUAAAGAAGAUAGCAGCGGAACAUGACCUUCAUCAUGUGCUAAAGAAAAAAGAGAGUAUGGGAGUCUGUUUCAUUGGUAAGAGAAACUUUGAAAAUUUCCUUCUUGAGUAUUUAGAACCUCAACCAGGUAACUUUGUUUCCAUUGAAGAUAAGAAGGUGAUGGGAGCACACAAAGGUUCAUUCCUCUACACAAUAGGCCAGAGGGCUAGAAUAGCAGGCCUGAGGGAUGCUUGGUUUGUUGUAGACAAAGAUAGCAGCACUGGAGAUGUCUUUGUGGCCCCAACAACAGAUCACCCUGCUCUGUACAGAGACCUGUUGCGGACUGGCCGCGUGCACUGGAUAGCAGAGGAGCCUCCAGCAGAGCUCAUUAGAGAGAAGAUGAUGGAAUGCCAGUUCAGGUUUCGGCACCAGAUGGCACUGGUGCCUUGUGUCCUGACUCUAAACCAAGAUGGGAGUGUGUGGGUGACACUAGUGAAGCCAGCAAGAGCGCUCACACCUGGGCAGUUUGCUGUGUUCUACAAGGGCGAGGAGUGCUUGGGCAGUGGGAAGAUCCUGAGGCUGGGCCCGUCGGUGUACACCAUGCAGCAGGGCAAACACCCAGAGGAGCCUGCAAAGAAGGAGGAGAUUGACAAGAUCGAACCAGCAACGUAACUUACAGCUUUGGUUAUUGAAGGACCUUGGAGAAUUUGCUGCCUGAGAUAAUAAAAACAGCAAUAAACUCAGUUUUUGCUGAUCUGUAUGUUCUAAAGGUCAUCAAGUCCCAGCUUGGGACUGUUAGCACCAAGCAGGUUUAAAACUAAAACCGUUUUGGCACAAUUUUACCAGACUGGAUGGUGAUACUGAUGCUAAUACCUAUCAAAGGAUGUCCGAAACUCUGGUACCAGUUACACAUACAAGAAUUUGAGUACAAAAAUCAUGUCUGAAAUCAUAAAUGUGUCUUUUAUGCUUAAGUGAAAUGCUGAUUUGUUUCUUCCUACUUGAAGACACCCGUCCCUAGGUAAGGUACAUCUGCUCUUUUACAGAAGAUGUAUGUUUGUGCUUUGAACUCUGGAAGAGGAGUGAAUGGUAUUAAAUGAAUCAUUUUGAACGUUGAACUCUGAGCAACAGAUAUUUAUUUGUCAUUUUAUGUAGUUUUCUAAGAAAUGCUUUGGCUUCUUAAGCUGUGUUAAGCAGUGAGUUCAGGUGUUUACUUAAUUCAGAAUUACAGAUCUCUAGGGCUUUAAAAGUAAUCUUGAUUGAUAAUUUUUUUCAUACAACUUGGCUCAUUUUUUUUGUUAACUGCUGGGAGCAGAGGCUGUUUGCUUUAUCUCCUGGAGAAGAGAAUGCAUUGUUGUGCUCCAGAAAAUAGCACGUUCAGAUGCAUUUCCUUAUUAUGUAGCUAACUUAAUAAAGAACAAAUAAUUGGAUCUUCCCAUGUGUCAAAAUGGAGUGAUAUCAGGGAGAGGCAGAGUAUCCUAGUCCAAAUUGCCUGUGUUUACAAGGAUUGGGUGCAUAUUGAGGACACUCAAAGCUUAUAAUGAAACUAUUACAGCAAGUCAACAAAAACUAAUUGCUGUCUUUCAGUCUGGUGGUAGAAGGUAACUGUCACUAAUGGACAGCUGUGCAGGGGCAGGGCCUUCCAGGUGGGUGUAGAAUUUAGCAAUUUGCUGACAGUUUGGGUGGUAGGAUACCUUGAACAGAUCUUUCCAGCAGAUCUGUAGGCUUGACUUACAUCUGCAUCUUUUUCUGUCAUCUUAGAAUCUUCUGAGAAUUCCUUUUAUUUUUUUCUGGUUAGAAAAGGAAAAGGUAGUAUCUUCAAAGUGGAAAAGACAUUCUUCAGUGACUACCUGCUAGUCUGGCAAAGUUAAACACACAGUUCAGGGGCCCCUAUGGAAAAAGCCCAGGUUGUUAAAAUCUUGUGUGUUUAUUUGAUGUUACAGUAGAUGUGUUUUGGAGGGAAAAGAAGCCAUGCUUUCUCAGUGCCAAAAGCAAUCUGUCUUUGGAAUGUCUAUCCAUGCUUCAU